AUGGUAUUUGUGAAGUCUGUUGAUGCAUCAGAUCUAGUCAAAGAUGCUAAAACUUUGUUUACACUAUUCUGUGAAGUUAUUGAGUGGAUUGGUCCUAAGAAUAUUGUUCAUGUAGUAACUGACAAUACAGCCAACUAUGUAGCAUGUGGCAGGUUGAUUAAGGAAAAGUAUAAAAGUAUUUAUUGGUCACCUUGUGCUGCUCAUUGUUUGAAUCUUAUAUUGAAAGACUUUUCCAGCAUGUCUCAUGUGUCAGACCUUGCAUCAAAGGCAUCAAAGGCUCUAGUGGUUGAUAAGCACUUUGUGGACCAUAGAUUAUCGAAGACUGAAGCAGGAAAAAAUUUUAGUGCAAUCAUUUUAGAUAAUCAAUUUUGGAAUGAUUGUUAUCAAGUUGUGAAGAUUGUAUCUCCUCUCAUCAAAUUAUUGAGAAUUGUGGACUCAGAUGAGAAACCUUCAUUACCUUAUGUUUAUGAAGGAAUACAAAGGGCAAAAAUGGCAAUUAAGGAGAUGUUUAAGAAGAAUAAGGAACUGUAUAAGCCUUACACAACAAUCAUUCAAACUCGAUGGGAUAGACAUCUGAAGACCAAUCUUCAUGCGGCAUCGUAUUUGUUGAAUCCUGCAAUUACAUAUGGUCCAGACUAUCCUAGCAAGUCAAAAUUGAUGAUGGCUUUAAUUGAUGUUGUGGAGUCUUACUUAGAUGAGGAUAUUGAUGGCUUCCUGCGUGUUGCAAUGCGUAUUCUUAGUCAAACUUCUGCUUCUUCUGGUUGUGAGAGGAAUUGGAGCUUAUUUGAAAGAAUUCAUACGAAAAGAAGAAACAGAUUGGAACAUAAAAGGCUGAAUGAUUUGGUUUUCACCAAUUAUAAUUUGCGACUGAAGCAUAGGAUUACAUUGAAGAAGAGAAAAAGUUAUGAUCCAAUUGACUAUGAAAACAUUGAUAUGGUGGAUUUUUGGGUCGCUGAAGAAGAUCCCACUCCGGAAUUUAAUGAUAGAGAUGUGGCUUCAUUCGAAAGCGUCCUUAACAAUGAGGGCAUUGCUAAUUCAACAACUCUUGAGAAGGCUAAUGAAGGUGAUGAAGAUAUGGACACUGCUGACCCUCCACCUUUACAAGAUGAUGUUGUUGCUCCUGCUUUUCCUCAUCUAGCUGUUGACAUGUCAGUCCAUGCCAAUGAUCUUAGUGAUGACUUUGAUUUUUCAUAG